CGCUCAUCCGCUUGCCUAUGAGUUGGUACAAUUGUUUUUACCAAAAAAAAAUAAAAAACUACGUUGUAAUUGUCAUCUUACCGGGUUGACCUAGGAACAAAAUUCAAAGCCAAAAGUUUUUCGCCUUGAGUUUAAUUUGAGAGGAAAAUGAGUGCACUACGUGGAUCAAAACUAUUUUCGUCGAAUCCAAUUAGGAAUUUUCGCCUAAUGUCUCAAUUGGGUGAUUUGGGGAGCGGCGCCGGCAAGGGGGGCGGUGGCGGCGGGUCCAUCCGCGAGGCUGGGGGGGCUUUUGGAAAAAUUGAGGCCGGCAGAGAGGAGGAGUUCUUCUAUAAACAGCAAAAGGAACAGUUGGCAAAAUUGAAGGCUGACUUGACCGAAGAGAUCAGCUUCCAUGAAGAGCAGAUCAAGAGACAUCAAGAGGCUAUUGCUCGUCACAGGGAGAGAGUCACCAAAUUAGAUAAGAAAGAAUAAAUAGUAUUUACUCUAUAGAGGCUUUAAUUUUACUUAUUAUUAACAUAGUGUGUGCUUUUUGAUUUAAUAAAAUAUAUCGCUUGAAUAACUGA